UCAUAACAAUUUUGCGCUUCAGUCAACUUGCAAUAUUCUCCGCUUGCGAAACAAUCAUCUUGGUGUUUACAAAGAAGCCCGCCGGUCUUCUGUUUUAGUUAAAAACAGUUUGUUUUUAGUGUUUUCGUGUGUGAUCGGUAAUUUCGGCUUUGAACUUGAGUUAAAAGAAUAGCGAUAAUUAUCAAGCGUAAAGUGCGUUAUACGAAUACGUAUACCCUUGGUAUAAAUCCAUUCUAAGUAUUUGUACUGAUGUUGGCACAACGCUCAUUCGAUAUGUGGAGAAUUCUCACGAUUUUUAUUAUCGCAACUUUGGUGAUGGACUCUGAAGGUGGUACACAAGUUAAGUCGCAAAGCAGACCACAAGCUAGACUAAAAUCUUCUAUUCCAUUAGCACGUAAUCGCAAGCGUUAUGCCACUGGAUAUGCUGGUAGCAGCGCAGGCAGCUAUGCAGGAGCCGGUGGCAGUGCUGGAGGGUAUGGCGGAGGUGGCUAUGACGAUUACGAUUACGGUUAUGCACCCGAUUUUGGUUUCAUAGAUCCCUUCCUAUUUCAUCAACAGUUAACAGCACAAAUUCUAGCCAAUCAGGCUGCACAGAAUCACGCUAUUGCUUCGACGUACUCUUCCGGCCAAGCUAUGGCCACUGCUGAUGCCUCACUUUUGCCUAACGAUAAACGAAUUCAACAACAAAUAGCUCAGCAACAGGCUUACUUCAAUAAUAUCCACCGUCCCUCUUAUUACGGUAGUGCUGGCGGUGGUGGUUCAUAUAGUACGCCAAACCGUUAUGCGCCCAAUCAUGCAGCCGCCGCUGCUUCCAUCGGACCUGGCGGGUCUUAUCACACAGCUAGCAUUAAUCCUGCAAACCCGGACAUUCCGAAUAUCAAUAACCGCUUUGGUGGACCAUCAUCGCCCGGCGGCUACAAGGGCGUAUCGGUUAGCUCGUUUUCAAGUAGCUCCGACAUUAAUGGACAGAAGACAAGUCGACGCGGUGCACAGACCACAAUCAAUGAUAAUGGAAAAGUCACCACAUACAGGGUGCAGUCUUAAGCACUCUUAAAUGCGUUCACCAAAAUUUUUUUUUUAAUAAAUAUUAAAUAUACAUACUUGCUAUAAAUAUUUAUUAUUAUUUGUGAAAUUUUGUAGAGACCAACAAUAUAAGAAUGUAUAUACGCUAUUGGUGUAGAAUUAAGUUUUGCAAUCAUUUCAAAUGUUGGGCAGUUUCGAAAUACAAACAUACAUAUGUACAUAU